AAAUCCUCUUUCUUUGCCUAGUGGAUGCCAAAAGCAGAGAGGUGAUUCAGAACGCGUGCAAGGCUGUCGGAUCUAUCAGCGAUACUUCCUUUGACAUUCGGUUCAAUCCGGACAUCUUCUCACCAGGUGUGCGCUUUCCUGAAGGGAUGCAGAAUGAGAUUCACAAUCAAAAGCAAUUGUUAAAGGAUGCGGCUGCCUUUGUGUUGACCUGCCAAAUCCCUUGUUUGAUUAAGGACUGUCUUGACCAUAAUGUUGUACCAAUGGAUGGAGCCACUUUGGCAGAAGCAAUGCACCAGCGAGGGAUCAACAUGAGAUACUUGGGGAAAGUUCUUGAGGUUGUUACUAAGUUUCCAGUCCCAUCCCAGCUAGAUCAUGUCCAGAAAAUUUUAAUUAGUGAGCUGAUUACUAGAUCUGCUAAACAUAUUUUCAAGACCUACCUCCAGGGCGUAGAACUUUCUGGUUUAUCUGCCGCAAUCAGCCAUUUCUUAAACUGCUUCCUCAGCUCUUUCCCUAACUCCGUAGCUCACCUCCCUGCUGAUGAACUGGUCUCCAAGAAAAAGAACAAAAAGCGCAAGAACCGGAACCUCAGCAGCACCGACAACACAGCCUGGGCCAGUAUCACCCCUCAGGAGCUCUGGAAGAGCAUUUGUACAGAAGCAAAAGCUUACUAUGAUUACACUCUGGAGUGUGACAAUGUGGACCACGCUGUGGAGAUGUACAAUCUACAGAAAAUUAGUCUUCUCAGAGAAAUAUGUGUCAAGGCUGGAAUCCAGCAUUGGUUGCAUUUGACUGUCUCGGCCUGUCAGUUUGAGCAGGAGAUGGAAGAAAAAUGCAGAAUAAUAGAAGCUAAAUACAAUGAAAAGGAGCAACUGAACUCGGCACUGAAACUGGAGCUCUGUCACCGUGAGAAACGAGUGGCAACCCUGAGAUCCAAGCUAAGAGACAAAGAAAGGAGGUUCCUGGAUGAGCUAAAAAGGAGGAGUCACAGAGUGACCAUCUUAAAUACAGAACUGCAAAAGCAGACAGAGUCUGCGGCCUACUUAUCCUUCCAGCUGCACAUUACCAAACAAAAACUGCACAGCCCACAGCAUUCUUGUCAUGAGGCCUACAGACCUCCCGAUUUCACAGUACCUAGACAACCUCAUCAUGAAGGAAAAGUGAAACGAAGAACUCAUAAAAACCACAGUGCUUGGAGGCAGACUUCAGAGAAUCCUUCAGGCAAGGAUCUUUGUAGAGACACCUGUCUAAGAGAGAGGAUGAGCAGCUUUGAUGAUGUGGAAGCCAUGCCAGACCCUGCACUAUUUUUAUACCCAAAAAGGUAUAUGCAUAGUCAAAGACAGAAAUCAGAACCAAAGUCACACAGCCUCAAAAAAACUGGUUCAGGGCAUGCUGAUGGGGUUGUUGAACUUAGCACUCAAUGGCCUGAUAAGCUUUUAAAAGAAAAUGAUGAUACAUCAUCUACAAUUCCAGUUGUCAAAGCCAAGCUACCAAAAAGUGAAAGAGGAAAGCGUCGGGUUGUGCCCCGGCAAAAUUCUAGAGAUUCAGAGUAACACAAAAGAAAACAACAUAAACUACUACUUGUUCUGAGUAGAGCACUGGAAAACGCACUAGUUAAAGUGAUGCUGAAAGACAAAAUAAAUACCUGUCACUUCUGAUAACCCCACUUUUAUAAUCCCUGUCCGCUCAAUUUAAUUAGAUUAGUGUCUUCCUAGUUUUGUUGUGUUUCUUCUGCAUUGAAAAAUAGAAAAUAUAUAUUCUGCCUAUGAAAAGCAAUCUUCUUCAGAUAUUUAUCUUUUUUUUUUAAUUAAGUCUAUUUUUCUUAAGCUCUCAGUAGUCUCACUCGUGCUGAGAUUAUUGUAUCACCCUGCAUGUAAUGCAGACCACCUAAUGGCAGAGUAUAUUGACCUUGCAGAUCAUUUAUAAAUAUACUUUUAUGCUUAUGCAAAUGGAAAAAAGACUGACCAGUAUCCUAUGCAGUUCAUUGCGCCUCACCCAGUGUGGCACUGUCGCUGUUGUAAUUACAUACAGCUUCAAAACAAAUUAUUUUAAGUCAAUGUAGUUGUCACUGUAAUCAUUUUUGCUGCUGCUAAAAUAUUCUGAAAAUGGCACAGCAGUGGCGCAACAAAUAGGAGAAAAAGCCUGUUUAAUGAGUCCCAAAAAUAAAGGUGUCCGUGGAGAGAAUUUUGGACAAUACACAAGCAACAAUUGUAGAAAAUUAGCAGUUUGCAGGAUGU